AUGUCCGUGCCAGACUUUGACGCCCAGCUCUUGAUUCCGGAUAACAAUGCAUCGCACCAGCAAUUGGCUGGCCUGAUUGCUGCUGGCGGCUUCACUGGCGCAGGUCUACCCGAUACUGCCCACCGAUAUCUGGACGUGUUUUGCAACAAGAGCUAUUCGAACAGUCGCCGGAGAUGGGCUGGAAUCGCGCUAGCAGGCAUGAUGCGCGCGUCUGCAAGUGUCGUUCAGCGUCUGAAGAAGCUAGCACAGGGGCUGCCUCGACUUGGUGCUGUGAUUCUCGACCAGAACGAGAGUGAGGAACGCAGAAUCAUCGCCGGUCUCAUUAUACGACAGGGACUCGAGGCAAGCGUCGACUUUGCAGACUUCUGGGAGUCAGACAAGGUGUUGCACAGUGCACCCAACUUCCCGAGGGACGCUGGAGAGCACUGGAUGGGCCACUUUCAGACCUAUCUGGACACUCUGGGCAGUCUCGCGCUUGCGAAUCUCAACGACGAUCCGCUGAUACUGUAUCCGAUGGCUCUUUCCGCCAGCGACGGUUUCCAAUGGACUGGCACUUCCGCGGUUGCCAUUGUCGAGAGGGAUUUGCUGACGAUUGUCGUGUCUGACUCGACGCUUACCGAAAACCAAUUCAUCGAUAUACCAAUCAGCCACAUCAAGGACACGAGCUUACAGCAGGACUCUCCACACGAAAGCCAAGAGGGGCGGUCCGGACACAAGAUGCACGCCCUGGUCAUCAACUUGCAGGCCAAAUCAAUGACUUACCGUCUGAACUCAUCCGACCGUCAGGGUUCCGAGUUCAAAGUGUCGUUUCUCAGCCACGAAGAUGCAGACGAAUUUGAGGUUGGGAUUUGUGAUGCUCGCAAGACGGCCCACGCUACGACAACAGCUGCGACCGAUUCAACAGUUUCCAGCAGUUCCCCCGCCUCUCAGCGAGGCACCGACAUUGUAUCCUCAUCCAAACAGCAAGAAGAUAGUCCUGACGAUCCGGAAGUCGACGCUAUAGACGAGUCGCCAGAUCAGCCGAUAGAGAAACAGAGCCCAACACAACAUGCCCAGGAUAAAGGCAAGGGAAAGCUGCCGAAGAUCUCGUACGCUACGAAGCAGAAGGUCAAACAGCUGCCACCGGGCAGGUCCAAGGCUACGAGAAGCCGGCCAUCUACGAAAGCAAAACCCGUCGUCUACCAAGAUGAAGACGACGACGACGACGAAGAAACGUCAGAAGACGAGUAUGAUCUCCAGUCAAAAGUACCUGCGCACAGCAUCACAGGUCAUGGUACGGGGAGGAAGCCACUGGGUCGACGUAAACCAAACAUCGAAGACGACGAGUUUGUUCCUGCGGCGUCGAAAGCAAAGCCCAAGACGGCCAAGCGAAAGAGGGGCUCGAGCGAUGCCGGUGACAAUCGGCCGAAGAAGAAGACGCAGACCAAGACAGGUGAUGUUAAGCAGGAGAUGAAAGCGCUGGAUGGUGCGCAGGCCAAACCAGCUCGAGCCCGCAAACCGAUGAAGCAGUCGACUCAGCACAAUCUGCAGAAUGAGGCUUCGUCACGUCACUCGCUGAUCGGGGGAUUGCUAAACUCCAAAAGCCCCAGCAAAGCAUCUGCUCCUGCAUUCAAGAAGCCAGGCCAGCCUGCGUCAACGCCAGGUAGAGCAAGAGCUCAGCCUGCCCGAACUACGCCCAAGCCGCAAACACCCGUCGAGAUGCAGGACGAUGUCGACUUGCCCGUCUGCAUUGCUUCGUCUACACCGAGUAGUCGGGCGAUGCAUGAGGAUGACUUUGGUGUCCACAGUACUCCAGCAAACAGCGAGAUCCUCUCGAGCAACAGCAAACGAGUGCCUGACUCGCCGCAUGCCGAGUCUACAGCCAUCUCUGGACACGCCAACCGCGACGACGUCCACAGGGAGAAGAGGAUGGGAGAGCUGGAGAUGGCACGGAGCGACCCGUUCAAGCAACGCCAAGCAAGCCAGAAGAUCAGCUCCUUCACCCGCAAGCUGACUGGAGAGAGCGUUACCAACGACGGGCUCGACCUGGUAGACGAAGAGCCCGUCGACGCGACUCAUGAGUUGAAGGUCAGUCUGGCGAACCAACCACUGCUGAGGCAAAGCCCAAGCGUGUCGAAGCACCGCACGGAUGUUCAGAGCGGACCGCACAUGCAGAGCGCAGCCGCACGGAUCAGGGGAUUGCAGAGUCUGUCCGUUAAGAUGAGCGAAGCACGGGGAGCAGCCGCUACCUCGCACAGUGAGACGGCGCGUAAGACGGACAUGGCACAAGACAGUCGGUAUCGCCGACGCGCACAGGAUGGUAAUAGGGCACGAGCAAACGACGCCAUCAUGUCUGGUCCUCACGAAGCAGUCGAGGACACGCUAGCCGACGUGCAAGACCAAGGCGAAGUGGAGGGCGAUAAUACGCUUGUCGGGGAAGAGAUGGAGCUGCCUAAUCAGUACGGCAGCAAGGCAUCUGAGCUACACUUCCGAUCGUCGCCCCCCAUGCCAGACUCGUCGAGCGUUGUCGGGGGUUUGUCGGAUGAGUCUGAAGCCGAGGCAGAAGCGUCGCCCCCCACGUCGGGCGCAGACGAGGUGGAGUGGGAGGCAGCGCUCGAGCCACACCAGCGGGCGCUUCACGAGCAGCUGGUGCGGACGUCGAAGCGCGUGGUGCGCCACAUUGUGGACAACGAGACGGCCGUGAUGGAGAUUGCAGACGUGUUUGGCGAUGAUGGAGUGCGCGUGGUCGACGUGCUCCUCGAGCGGCAGGGUGUAGCGUGUGCCGAGGCGUUUGAGGGCCUGGAGAGCAAGCGACGAGGGUUGUUGGAGGAGCUGACGGGUGCGUCGCGGAGCUUGAAGGCGGCGAGGCAGCAGGUCAAGAGGGGUGAUGUUUGA